UAGAAGGAGUGGACUCUCCUUGCACAUAGGAGAAAAUAAACCUGUUCUGUCAGGAAUCACACAGGUUCUGAGGAUACACACACGUUUCAAGCUAAAGGACAUGGAGGCGACCAGAGCGUCAAUUCAAUGGUUCAUAGAAACGCAAUCUGAGUGGUUUUUAAAAAAUGGCAUCCCAGACUGGUUCCAUGGUGUGAUCACAAGAAAGCAGGCAGAAUCCCUGCUGAAAGAUAGGUGUCCUGGGAGUUUCCUCAUAAGAGUUAGUGAAAGUCGUAUUGGAUACAGCUUAUCAUAUAGAAGUAAGGACCACUGCAAGCACUUCAUGAUUGAUGUUUCCGAAGGACAAAAAUGUAACCUUUCAGGAGAUGCCAGAAUUCACAUGUCCCUACAAGACUUAAUAACAUUUCAUAAAAUAAUUCCAAUUUAUCCAUACAAUGAAAUGUUAACACAGCCAUGCGGACAAGAAACAAAUUCUACUACAGAUUAUGAAGAAUUGUUUUGGCAUAAGAAAGCCCAUGCCACAAAUCUCGAGGCACGUGGCAGUGAUGAAAAAAGCAUGUUCCCAUUUCCAUUAAACAAUCCAGUGCAUGGCAAACCAAGGACUGAAUUGGAUCAGGAAUCUCCACCUGUGCCACCCAGGAAGAGAAACGCAUCAUUACCACAAGUGCCUGAGAUAUCAACUGCACUUCCAGGGCCUGUAGGCAGACUCUACCCUUCAGUACCUCAAGAAACUCCCACUGCAGCAGUUGGCUUUAACCAGAACCAUUGUUCCAGAUUACCAAAGUCAAAUAAUGAAGAACCAUUUCUUCUCCCAAACACACAAGCAAAAGCAAGAUGUUCAAACACAACUAUUAAUUCACCUCAGCACAAUGGAAAGGUAGACCCAGAAUUUGAAAUUUCAGACAACACAUCAACUCGCUCAAGGAAGCCAAUCAAAGCGGGUUACAUCUUAAUGACCAAAGCAGCAUCUCUGGUAACCGAUGGACAAAUCGCUCAAGGUUUCAAGACAAUGGAAAACACAGUGGCAACACACAUAAAAAAUAUGAAGCAAAUAUCGCAAGGCAUUAGAGGAAACAAUUGUAAGCCUGAAGAGUAUAAGAAGCCGCCUCCUUUUGCACCAGGAUUUUAAGUUGUUUGGCUGUUUGACUCUAGUAAAGCCAUAUAUGCGGCUUAGGACACUUAUUGUAGGACUCUGUAAACCCAGACAGCGAGCAGUAUAGCAGGGACCUAAUACUUUUUUAAAGUGACCAAUUCGAAUAUCUGGCUUCUUAAUUCAAUAGAAAUUUGCUAAUUUCUAAUGUGAUGUAUAUAAAUAAA